AUGGUAAACAAAUGUGCGUACACAGUUUGGCCAGGCAUAUUAUCGAACGCCGGAAUUGCACCGCUUUCAACAACGGGUUUUGCUCUCCAGAAGGGUGAAUCGAGGAUCAUCAACGCGCCGUCGUCGUGGGGCGGCCGCUUCUGGGGCAGGACACACUGUAGCGAGGAUUCAACCGGGAAAUUCUCCUGCGUGACCGGCGAUUGCGGCUCGGGGAAGAUAGAAUGCGCCGGGAAUGGUGCUGUUCCGCCAGCUACAUUGGCGGAGUUCACACUCGACGGUGACUCCGGCAUGGACUUCUAUGACGUUAGCCUCGUCGACGGGUACAACCUGCCGAUGCUGGUGCUGCCCCAGGGAGGGUCGGGCGUUAACUGUACGUCGACGGGAUGCAUGACGGAUCUGAAUGGUUUGUGCCCGUCCGAUCUCCGGGUGAAAAUUACCGACGGGGAAGACGUUGCGUGUAAGAGCGCAUGCUUGGCGUUCGGGAAGGAGGAGUACUGCUGUAACGGCGCGUACAGUACCCCCGAUGCCUGUAAACCGUCAUCAUAUUCUCAGGUGUUUAAGAGCGCGUGUCCACACGCUUACAGUUACGCCUACGACGAUAAAACCAGUACCUUCACAUGCGCUGGCGCGGAUUAUUUCAUAACAUUUUGCCCGUCGCCAAAUACUAGCAAGAAAUCAUCAUCUGGGAUACAAAACGGAGGAUCGGAAGACAACACUUCAUCAUUGAUCAACAACACAAUGGUGUACGAAGGAGCGUCACAGGUGAGCGGCGCACCAUCAAUUUAUACCCACUUGUUUAGUUCACAUGCCAUUGCCUUCCCCGGCGCCGUAGCCCUCGCGGCAGCAGUGUGGCGGUUGUGUUAUUUUGAGAUAUCUUCCAUUCGGGUUCCUGAAAACUUCUACGGAGUAAAUAAGGUUAUGCCUACAAUCCACUGGGAAGUGGGAAACAUUGUUGCGACAAGGAUAGAUACGAAUCUUCAAUUUUAUGGUGAUCCAUACCUUACUACAGCUGAUAUCCUUCUUGGGACUGUGGAUAGACCGAAGGCUGCUGAACCAUUGGUGGGACCCGAUCCUUCCAAGCUCCGCCGAUCUGGUCUAGGUAGUUCUGAGGCAAAACCAGUUGCUCAUUUGACCCCAAUACCGGCCAAGGAAGUUGCGCCAUCGGUGAUUGCGACUCCAAUCAGGUGGAAUUCAACAGUGUCGGUGCAGCACUGUCGCACUAGCCGAAUUCACGAAUGGAUUAUGUAUGAAUUCGGUUGCCCAGGAUUUCUACGAUGUUAG